GGGAUAUGACUGGGGAUGCCUCUCCAACAAAAGCGUUCCGAUACCAACAAACUCUGCUUUAUGGCCAAUACACAGACCAGAUACCCGACUUUGCAGAGAAGGAAGCAGCAAAACUCCUGAAUAAGAAGCAGGCCCAAAAGAACAACGAAAAACCUCUGAAACGUGACAGUCAAGUAGAGAUCAAAGAAGAUCACUAUUCGAAAUGUCAAGACUGUGCUAGACGCAUCCAGAAAUAUGUUACCAAGAAGCUUGGAGAGGAUUGGAUUUUCUUGGUUCUCUUGGGUCUGGUCAUGGCGUUGGUGAGCUGGGGAAUGGAUUAUGCCAGUGCGAAAAGCCUACAGGCCUACAAGUGGAUGUACAGAGAGCUGCACCCGAAUGUUCCUCUGCAGUAUCUGGCGUGGGUCACGUACCCACUUGUUCUUAUUCUGUUUGCGGCCAUUUUCUGCCACCUCGUCUCUCCACAAGCUGUCGGGUCUGGAAUCCCAGAACUCAAGACCAUUAUGAGGGGAGUGGUCCUCAAGGAAUAUCUCACUCUCAAAGCUUUUGUGGCCAAAGUUGUGGGUCUCACAGCUGGGCUUGGAAGUGGCAUGCCUGUGGGGAAAGAGGGUCCUUUUGUGCAUAUUGCCAGUAUUUGUGCUGCGGUACUCAGCAAGUUCAUGUCAAUCUUCUGUGGUGUGUAUGAGCAGCCAUAUUAUUACACGGAUGUCCUGACUGUGGGUUGUGCUGUGGGGGUCGGCUGCUGCUUUGGGACACCACUUGGAGGCGUCCUUUUCAGCAUUGAGGUCACUUCCACUUACUUCGCUGUGCGCAAUUACUGGAGAGGUUUCUUUGCAGCUACCUUUAGUGCCUUCAUUUUCCGAGUCCUUGCUGUGUGGAACAAGGAUGCAGUUACCAUCACAGCCCUGUUCAGAACAAACUUUCGCAUGGAUUUCCCCUUUGAUCUGCAAGAGCUGCCAGCGUUUGCUGUAAUAGGGAUAUGUUCUGGAUUCCUUGGAGCAUUUUUCGUUUAUCUCAAUCGCCAAGUGGUCCUGUGCGUCCGGCGCCAUACGACUCUGAGCCAGUUCCUCACCAAAUACCGCCUCAUAUACCCUGGGGUUAUAACCUUCCUUAUAGCCACUGUGACCUUUCCUCCUGGAUUUGGGCAGUUCAUGGCAGGAGAGUUGAUGCCACGGGAAGCCAUCAGCUCUCUCUUUGAUAACUAUACCUGGGCAAAAUACACCGGGGACCCUCAGAUCCUAGGGAAAUCUGCUGCCUGGAUCCAUCCUAAAGUCAGCGUCUUCAUCAUCAUCCUGCUCUUCUUCCUCAUGAAGUUCUGGAUGUCUGUCAUUGCUACCACGAUGCCAAUCCCCUGUGGAGGCUUCAUGCCUGUUUUUGUUCUAGGUGCUGCAUUUGGGCGUCUUAUUGGGGAAAUCAUGGCAUCACUUUUUCCCGACGGGAUCCUCUUUGACGGUAUUGUUUAUCAGAUCUUACCUGGAGGGUAUGCUGUCAUUGGUGCAGCAGCUCUGACGGGAGCGGUGAGCCACACUGUCUCCACUGCUGUGAUCUGCUUUGAGCUGACAGGUCAGAUCUCUCACAUCCUCCCCAUGAUGGUGGCUGUCAUUCUUGCCAACAUGGUGGCCCAGAGUCUGCAGCCUAGCCUCUAUGAUAGCAUCAUCCAGGUGAAGAAGUUGCCCUACCUGCCAGACCUGGGCUGGAAUCCCAUAAGCAAAUACAAUAUCUUUGUUGAGGAUAUUAUGGUCCAAGAUGUGAAAUUCGUCUCCUCCAACUGUACAUACCGUGACUUGCAAACUCUACUGCAAAGCACCACUGUUAAGACUUUGCCCUUGGUGGACUCGCCAGAGACCAUGAUCCUUCUGGGGUCUGUAGAGCGAUCUGAACUGCAGGCUCUCCUCCAGAGACAUAUAAGCGCGGAACGGCGGCGGUUCCUCAACAGAGAAAUGCAGCAGAAGCUGUCUGAGGCACCCUACGAUGGGCACAGCAAGGGACCGUGGGCAACCCUGCCAAAGCUGAAGCAUGAAUCUUUUGCUUAUGUUGAUGAGGAUGAGGAUACAGAUGAGAAGGGAGAGCUGCCUCGGCCCCCAAGUCCCGCUCCCAGUUACCCAGAGGAGCCCAAUGGCCCAACAAGUCCUCUUAAACAAAUACCUGAAAAUUUGGAGCCACACCAACUCCCAGGCAAUUUCAGGAGUUUGAGGCAACUGAUCCAGCAGCUCUUGUGCCACUACAACCGUCCACAUGAAGCAGAGAGCGCCGUCCAGGAGCCAGAUGAAGUUGUUGACACAAUGAGUCCAGAAGAGAUAGAUGCUUGGGAACAGGAGGAGCUGAACAAGAAUGUGUGCUUUGACAGCUGCCGCAUAGACCCUUCCCCUUUCCAACUGGUGGAGAGAACUUCCCUGCACAAGACGCAUACGUUGUUCUCAUUACUGGGCCUCAGCCAUGCCUAUAUAACCAGUGGGGGGAAGCUGAGGGGAGUGUUGGCCUUGGAAGAGCUCCAGAAGGCAAUAGAGGGCUCCACACGCUCCGGGGUUCGCCUCCGCCCACCCCUUGCCAGUUUCCGCGACACCAACCGGACUUCCAUCAGCAGUGAGAAGGUCAGACAGACCAAUCAGGUGUGGAGCCAGCAGGACAACUCAAUGGUGGCGGCACAGCAAGCAGCGGACUUGGGCACAGAGAGCCCAUUGCCUCCCACCUCACAUUUCCCCCAGCCCUCACACUUGCAGGAGGAAGGGGAAGUCCUGUGCUCCGCUGACGCCACUGAUACUGAGUUGGAAGAGAUGGAGCUGGCCGGGCCAGCUGCUGAAAACAUCUCAGACAUCCUCAAGGACAUAAGCCUACGCUCCACUGACCUGUAUGAGGAUGAAGAUGAGGACGAGGAUGUCCCCUUAUAGCUGGUGUGAGGGGAGUAGUCCAGCUGGGAGUUGAACCAGUCUUCUUGUGCUGGCUCCUCAAAGAGAAGCUUUUGGAUGUUCUUUGCAAUCCCCACAAGAGGACUGAUUCAGCUGGGAGAAGGGGUAUCGGACCGACCCUUUCUUCUGCUGCUUUCUUUCUGUGCAAAGACUGUUCGGCUGUUGGACUGUACGGGUGCCUGCAGGAGUCAGACGUGGACUGCGAGGUGGCUAAGGGCAGGCUCGUAAUGCUUAGGCUUCUGCCAAAUCUACAUAGCACGGCAGAAGGGAUUGUAGCAGGACAUGAAUACUGCUGGACACAGUCAGGAUGCUCUGGGUCAAUCUGCCAUGUGGAAAGUGGAGGAGGAGCAGCUCUUCUCGUUCUCCAUUGGUGUAAAUCCUUCCAGACACACCUGGCCUGCAUGCACCAGUGUAAACACAGCCAGACCUCCAGCCUAGAAGCAUAUUGCUGCUUCUGACUGCAAUCAUGUCCGUGUUGCUGCAGUUUCUUUUCACUAGCUCUUAUCCUGCAUCCCCCCCCAAAAAACAUUCCCAUGUAGAUCAUUUUUCCUUUUUCUCAAUUUUUACUCUGGGAUCUUCCUGGAUGGGGGCGCAGUGAGGAGCUUCUCCUCUGUCCUUCAGCCGAGCCAUGCCCUGAAAACAGAUGGGAUGAAAAUAUUUGGUCUAUGUUUUAUGUCUCAAAUCCAGCCAGGGCUCUAAGAAAAGCACUGGAAGGGAGGAAAGCCUCUGUGUUUUCCCAUCAUGUCUGGAAUUUUUAAAAAAGAAUGGGAAAAUCCUAAUUAGGGGCAUCCUCAGUGUCAGAGGAAGAGGAGUAAAACAGCAUGUAUGCACCUAUAUUUCAAAUACCUGCGUUUGUCUCUCUGAAUCACUGUUCACAAUUUUUACAGUUAUAGUCUUAAAAUAUAUGAACUCAAAAAAAAAAAUAUAGAGUGUUAGCAGGCUGCCAAGAAAUACAGCAGAGGGAAGCCACGUUUUCUACACUUUGAAAACAGGUUUCUCUCCGAAAACUCCUGCUCUCCUUCCUGGUAAUUCUACCCUGCCUACUUUCCACAUAUUUCUGCAUACCUCAGAUCUGAGAAUUCCAGCUCUCUAUUUUGCCAGCUUGUCUCAGUUAUGACUAACAGCAGAGGCCUCAACCCUUGUCUGCAGUAUCCCUCUCUAUUCCAGUUCUAAAUCUGGAGCAGAUCUUGAUCUGUAUCUUGCAAAAAGAUGUCUUGUCAGUUCGUGUCAUGCAUGCAAAACCUUAGCAUCCAAAGAUAAGAUGCUGCUUUGUUUAACUCACUGUCCUUGUGAGGUUUUCUCAGUAAACAGGCAAAAUCAAAUUCUGUGUAUUUUGCAGCUUUCCUCUAACAUUCUAUAUCUCCUUCUAUCAUAUUUUGGUGUGUCAUGGCACCUAGAUGCAGUCCCAAGCAGCCUGUUUGAUGUGUUUCCACUUACAUGCAACAGAAAAGAAAUCCAGGCUCUGAGAAUAUGUUCUUAGGGGUAUUCUCCCAGAUGUUGGGACACAUCCCCUUUCCUGAUAUUAGUAAAGCAUCAUCUAACUUUGAAUGACCAGUUUCACCUUAACAGGUGGGUUUUCACAUGCUGCCUCAGGAGCAAGUAAAAAAUAUCAUUACCUCUAACCCAGCCUCCUUAGGAAAAUUCCCUCCUGGCCUUAAUUCCAAGGAUUGACCUUGUACCAGUUUCUCUCUGAUGAUGCUCAUGGGUGGGAAAGUCUGUGAUAAGCUUAUAGUAGAGGGAAAUCUCCCCAGCUAGUCUCUUGAAGAGGGAGAGAUUUAUUUUUGCUGUCUGGAAUUCAGAACCCACCAGCUCUGUAUCAUCUUUGACAUGUGAUCCCCCUCUAUAAGCUAACUGGGGACAGCCUUUCCCUGUCUAAAUGAUCUUCAGUCCUCCAAGUCCCCGUGAGAAGACAGUGGCAAUCUGAGGGCAAGUUUUUUGUGCACACCAGCUGCUUGCCUCCACCAGAGGGUUGUGGCACAUUUCUGGCUGCCAGGCAUUAGCACGCAGCCUCCCUGCUACCUUUGCAUCGCCUUCCCCUGCCUGCAGAGAAGAGGCAAAACAGCUGCUAUUUUUCCUCAGGGAACUGUGAUAGUCCUUUAAAUAAGCAGAGGAGAAAGGACAUUCCUUCUAAAAACCCAUAAAUGUGCAGUGAGUAGCAGCAUUCUGAGACCAAAUCUGCUCUGAGGGUCCACACACCCUCAGGAAGGACAAGUUUCUCCAAGCCAGCUCCAGCCUUAUCACUAGCAAGUACAAAUUACAUUUCGCAGCUUAGCCAAACGCUUGCACUGAGACAGAUGAGACAAGGAGAAACUUUGAGGCUGGGAUCAGUACACCUCCCCCUCCUCUCUCCUGAAUCUAGAUACAUGUUCUGCUCCAGUCCCACACUUCUCCUACGGUGUGUUACAGAAGAACUGGGAUCUGACUGGCUGAGAAAGCAGAUGGAGUCUAAAUCAAAGCCAGCAAGCGUGUGAGUCAUGACAGACAGAUUGUGAGCUGGGGGAGAGGAAACUGGAACAAAAAUGAUGCACGUGGAGAGGCUUGGGGAGCUCAGAGUAAGACCCAAGCUAACCUGGAAAGUUUCUUAAGGUUUGUCACCUGAGAAUACAGAAGCACACACACGUGUGCCUACACAUGCACACACACGUAUCUCUCCAUUCCUAUGGCCUUUAGCUGUCCCAGAGUUACCAUGAGGAGCUGGGCUGCUCCCUGUGGGGAUGCCGAAAGGUGGGUGUUACUGCUGCUCUUUGGAGGCCUUACUCAAGACCCAUCCCAGGUACGCCCCCACCCUUCGAGCAGAAGCGGCAUUCAUCUGCAACGUUACCUCACCUGGGAAAAAGUAUGCAUCCAUGAGUGUAUACAGGGAGCCAGGAGGGGACAUAAAAACAUACUGCAAGGAUGGUUUGUGAUGGCUGAAGACAUUUCCACUUCCACUUUACCAAUAAAAUCUUCGCUGAGCUGAUGCCAAGUACUUUAAUAGGUGUCAAAUGUGCGGUAAACUGACAUUGAACCUUUGUCAAGGGAACUCUAAGCUUGAACCCUCUCAGGCAACCCCAGUACGUCCCCUCAAAGUUUAAACUUGAAACCUUUGUCCGGCAAACAAAGUCACACUAAUCUGUCACUCUAAAACUUGCAUCUCUCAUCCUGUCCAAGCAGCACAGAUUUGGCUACCUACACACAAAAAUAAUUUUUUCCCCAACCUAAAAUAUUCUUGGAAUUUGUAUCGGCACUGAGGCCUUCCCAUUCAGCUAGAAAGUCAAAUCUCAGAUCUGCCCCCAGAAACCCAAGCACAAGGCUUGAAAAACAAGAAGCUCUGAGGAUGUUUUGAACCGCAGAAGCUUGCUUUUCUCCUAAAUAGCAUGCACAGUUGCUUCGAAACAUUGUUUUGGGCAGACAUUCAUGUUACACCAAGCUUGCCACUACCUCUCAAAGCACUAAAAUAGAACUGAUCUUGUUUGGCAUUUUCAACUGCAAGAGCCUGCUGAACUUCAUUUGGUACCCAACAGUCUGAGAAGAACACGGUAGUGAAAAACCUCCAUCAGAGCAGAAAAUCUGGGGAAAAUACCACCACUACCACCACAAACAACCCUAAAAAAAAUCCUUUGACCUUGAGUCUUAAUCUCAACUAAUUGCCAGUUUACUGAUAUUCAGUAAAUGAAGGCAACAAGUUAUCUAUUACACUUUAGCAAAAGGCUGAGCUUUUCCUUUUACAUGGCAUUUAAAUGUGAAAGCAGAAGUCUUGUUUUUAGAUCUAUCAGUAUAAAGAAUUAACAAAAUAAGGAAGACGUAAGGUUGACAAGACAACAGAUAGGGCUUUGGGUAGUUAUGACAAGGCUAAGAGACUUGGUCAUGACACGGAUGAAGGAGAAAACACGUGGAGAUGGACUACCGGACAAUGAGAAAAAUCUGCCUGAACAAUGUAACUUUUUCCGGUUGGCAAAUUAUUUCAGUCUAAAAGAAAUUCUAGUUCGCUAACCCUAUGGACAAAACCAGGUAGUACAAGCAGAAAUAGAGGGAGAGAGACAGACGUAGGAGUUCAAGAGUUCAAAAAAGUAACUCCCCCCCUCUCCCCAGUUAUGCAAACACUGCAUAGAAGUGUGUGUUUUGUGGCCAAAGAGGACAAGACAGGGCAAUAACCAGCUGAGCAAGUAAAGAUCCCUCUUUGCCAAAUAAGUCCAACCCCAGGAAGGGUAUAAUUAAAAACACACUAUUAAAAAUACUGUCACAGCAAGAACUAAGUUGUUCACGGCCACAUAAGCAAGGAUCUGGGCACAGCUCUCAUAACAAUUUAAUCAACACUGGAGACCAAUAAUUAAUAUUUCCACACAAAAGCCAUGCCCGAGCAUUAGUAUUCUCAAACGGAGAAAAGCGUGUUUAAUCUUCAGCCAUGUGAUGCAAAAAUUUUAAGUCUUUAUUUGUGGGAGGCAAGCUUAAACUGGUCCUGACCGUC